UGAAAUGCGGAAGGAACGCGGUGCUCCACAAACACAAACUGGCCAAAAGGUUUAAGACAAGCUAGAACAAACCAAUGGAUCCUAAUGUCGACAUCAUCAGCACCUAAAAACAUAAAUGUUGUACACGCAGAGCUGUAGAGUGGUUCCAAAUGAAAGCCUUGCUCAUCACCACUGAGAGCGCUGAGGUCCUCUUCCACUGGACCGACCCGGGGUUCCAACUCAACAUCCAGGAGCAGUAUGGCGUGGCCCAGGAAGAAGGCCAGAGGCUUCCAGCCUUUGAGGACAUCAUCAGCACCUUGUUUGCACCCAUCAUCAUUUCCUGUAGCUCCAUGGUGGACAGGCUGGGUGACAGCUACACAUGCUUCACCACAGAGAACAACCACCUCUAUGUACUACACCAGUUCGACGAGUGUCUCUACAUUGCCGUGAACGGAGACGGCGAGGAGGAGGAGGAUGAUCUGAGGAGGAAGAUCUAUGUGACCAAGAAGAUGAUUGAGGUGCUCUUCGGCAUGGUCACCCUCAGCGGUAGCCUGAUCAGGAGAGAGCUGCGUCCUCAAGACACGGAGCAAAGGGAACGUCUGUGGAAACAUCUCCAGAGCCUGCUGGACACCUACAACCACCUUAGGGAGAACGACCAGAGCUUCUUAGUGGAGGCUGUGGAGAGACUGAUCCACCCUACGCUGUGCGAGCAGUGCAUCGAGUUCUUGGAGCGCCGUUUAGUUCAGCUGCUCAACAGCAGCGUGGAGAGGGCAGGAGAAGAAGUGCAGCAUGCUUUCAUUCUGGUGCACACCAAACUACUGGCCUUCUACUCCAGCCGCAGCGCGAGCACACUCACCACUUCAGACCUCCUGGCCCUCAUCAUCAUGGCCCAGAACAUGUAUCCUAGCAACAUGGACCAAGACGACCACGCUUCUGAGGAUGUUGAUAGUCCAAGCGGCUCAGGCCCAGAAAGCUUUUACACACCUCAGCCUUCCCCUACCAACUCCAGCAGUUCAGAAAAACAAGCGAGAGAAGAAGCUACAGUGUUUGAGUUUGCGGAUCCAGACAUUCACAUGGCAGAAGACAGUCUGCACAGUCUGGAGGUUCCUCCCCCUGACCCAUCCACGCCACGCAGGGUGUUUCUUGAAGUGUCCCACAAGGAGGGCCUGUAUCCCAUGAUGCCUCACUCCAUGUACUGUCUUCCACUAUGGCCCGGCAUAACACUGGUGCUGCUCACUAAGAUUCCCACCAGUGCAGUGGCUGCGUCCAUCUACAUGUUCCUGGAGGCCUUUGCCAAGCUGGAGAAGCGUUUGAGUGAAGGCCACGAAGGAUCGUCUGCUACUAGAAGUCAACCAACAAUAUUGGACAUCAGAAGCAAACUGGACAAGUUUAUCAAAGCUCUUGGGCCCAGUGACAUUCAAUCUGUACAGUUACAAAAUGUCUGGAGCGAGUUCAAGAACCGAGCCUUUUCCCGAGGUGGACCUGGCUUCAACAGAGAUCUCAUCCCGUGGUGUAAGAAUAUGAAGACCCAGCUAUGUGGCGUUUACCGCCAGUGCUUCCUCAUUGACUCCGGACCGGCCGACGUUCCUCGGAAACUCUCCCCCACUCUGCAGGAGCGAGCCCAGGCCAUGGUGCAGGAAAAGCUGAUAGACUGGAAAGACUUCUUGCUAGUGAAAAGCAAGAGAAACAUCACCAUGGUGUCGUACCUGGAGGACUUCCCAGGCCUCAUCCACUUCAUCUGCGUGGAUCGAUCCACGGGCCAGAUGAUUGCACCAUCCCUUAACGUCACCGAGCGCACAACAUCGGAGCUGGGCAAAGGACCAGUGGCUCAGUUUAUCAAAAACAAGGUGUGGAGGCUGGUGAGUACAACACGGCGCUACCUCCAAAAGGGUUACUCCACUGUCACCCUGCGAGACGGUGACUUCCACUUCUGCUUCUUCCUCUGGUUUGAAAAUGAAACCCUCUGUUGUCACAGCCAUCUUGAUGACUCCCUUGAACUUGGAAAAGAGAAGAAAAAAAAUCACACAGAGCUAGGUCCGGGCUACAAGUUGGAGGCAGUGGAAAUGCCCGUUCUACCCGAAGACUCUGCCCCCAUUGGGAUGCUUGCCUGGGACUACUACAGGAAGCUGCUGCGCUACUACAGUAAGAGCCACCAGGGCGAGGUGGUGAAGUGCUACGAGUUGCUAACGGUGCACCUGGGCGUCAUCCCCACUGACAUCAUCCUGCAGCACUGCAGACAGCUGGCCAGCAAGCUGUGGGAGCCUUCACGCAACCUACUCCUCUAGAUACUCAGCUAAGACCACGGCACAUAUUGCAUGACAAGCCUUCGUUUGUUUUGCACAUUUUAAUAUUUUAUUAAUACAUGUCAGCCGGCACGAUAGACGACUGGUUAGCACAUCUGCCUCACAGUUCUGGGGACUGGGGUUCAAAUCCCGGCCCCGCAUGUGUGGAGUUUGCAUGUUCUCCGCGUGCCUGGGUGGGUUUUCUCCGGGCACUCCGGUUUCCUCUCACAUCCCACAAACAUGCGUGGUAGGUUGAUUGAGGACUCUAAAUUGCCCGUAGGUGUGAUUGCGAGUGCGAAUGGUUGUUUGUUUGUAUGUGCCCUGCAAUUGACUGGCGACCGGUUCAGGGUGUACCCUGCCUCCUGCCCGGAGAUAGCUGGGAUAGGCUCCAGCAGCCCGCGACCCUAGUGAGGAUAAGCGGUAAAGAAAAUGGAUGGAUGGAUGGAUAAUACAUAUCAGUCUGUUUUUUAUUUUCCAUUUUUUAACUGUUUUUUAUUUCUACAAUUAUGAAUGAAACAUGUGGUACUUUUUAAUUUCAUGCAGUAUUUAACUUCAGCUUACUGUAUGUAUGUCCAAUUUUUGUUUUUACUUUGUGUGAGUGCGUGUGUGUGUGCGUGCACAUGUAAAAAUCUGGAGAUGCUUGUUUUUCAUUGGACAGCAACAAAAGACAAUCCAACAUCACUAAUAGUUUGGUAAUUUUAUUUACAAAAAUAUUAAACAUUUACCCAGACUUCUUUAUUAUGAUAUUGAUCUGUCCAAUGAAACAGCUCUAUCUUCAGAGUGUUUUUUUCUUUGUAUACUAAACAAAACAUACAAACACAAUCUUCUUUGUGUGUGUUAAUUUUUGGUCGAAGUGUGUGUUAAUUUUUGGACGAACAGAAAAAACUCACUAAAUAUGUAGAAACAGUACUGUAUUUACAGAUAGUACUUUAAUGCAAUUUAGUGUCUAUUAAUGUAGUUUUCAGGGAUGUAGCAAUGCACUGACAGAUAUUUCUAACACUUUGGUUACUCUAUAGUCAUCAUAAUUAACUAUUCACAAUACAGUGGACUGGCACAUAUUUGCGUUUCCAGCAUUUGCAAAUUCACCUAUUUGUUGAUUUUUUUUGUGGAACCUACCCCCCAUUUUUCGCUGGAACCUCUGCUUGUUUUUGUUUUUACUCGAUGCCCCCAUACAAGCUUA